CAAACAAAAACGAAAACAACCAGAAAAAGAAACAACACCCAAGGUUGUAUUUUGGACUCCUUAUGCAUAAGCACAUAGUGUACCAUCUACCCCCCCUACACACACAGGUGGGCCCCCCCCCACAAAUACAUACACAGUCAUAUAUACAGAAUCAUAUAUGAAAAUGCAUUAUACAUGCAUCAUUUUGCUCAAAUUUUAUCUCAAGGUAUUUUACUUUAUGGAGGUAAAGAAAUGACCGCUUCAGCCCAAUGACCAAUAUACAAGCAAGCUAAUGCCUCUUCUAACAAACAUACAGGGUUGUUUUUUUAAGGCAACUGGUCAAAUGGUAAGUAAAUACCUGCGAGCUUGCAAGUGCUCCUGUAGGGCUUCAAAGUGUCAAUCAUAUCUACAGUCAUCAUUUAAAGAAUUAAUGUCCGCCAAUGUUAUCAUCUAAAAUGUAUUUGCAGAGGUCAGAAGAGCAGAGUCUGUCCUUCCCCAUGCCAGAAGCAGUGACAUCAAAGGGCCAUGUCACAAGCUGCAGUUUAGUUAGUGGACUUGAGGUGGUUUGGAGUUUUUAUCCACUAAGUAUGACCUCCUGACCCCUUGGCUUUACAACUUUCCACACUCUGGGCUGCAGAAGAGCCCCUCCUUUUCUGAGUUAAUCAUUUCUUUGCCAUUAUCUGCCAAGAGUUCUUAUCUCUUUUGCUGUCACUUUAUAACAGGGUCCUCUUAUCAACCGGCACAGGGUCAUGUGACCAGUCGAAGCCUAUUGAAAGCUUCCUUUCUUCUGAUUAGAAACCAUCAUGAAACUGGAGACAUGGUUUACAGCAGGUCAUACAUGCUAGAAAAAGUGCAGAGUCCAGGAGAACACGGACUGGAGCCUUUCUGAAUUCUGUUUUUCCCCCCUUUUUCUUAACUUUCACUAAGGAAAUGAGGGUUACUGUAGUCUGAGGUUUCCUUCCCAAAGUCACAAAAUAUGACAAGCUGCAAUCUUUCUCACAUUCAAUGAUUUCUGCUGUAAGCCAAAGGACUGCCAAUAAUUUCGCUAAGAAUGUCUGCUAGUUUGGAUACUGGAGAUUUUCAAGAAUUUCUUAAGCAUGGACUUACAGCUAUUGCGUCUGCACCAGGGUCAGAGACUCGCCACUCCCCCAAACUUGAGGAACAACUCCGGGAAAAACGUGCUGGGCUUCCGGACCGACACCGACGCCCCAUUCCCGCCCGCAGCCGCCUUGUCAUGCUGCCCAAAGUGGAGACGGAAGCUCCCGGACUGGUCCGAUCGCAUGGGGAACAGGGGCAGAUGUCAGAAAACAUGCAAGUGUCUCAAUUUAAAAUGGUGAAUUACUCCUAUGAUGAAGAUCUGGAAGAGCUAUGUCCUGUGUGUGGCGAUAAAGUGUCUGGGUACCAUUACGGUCUCCUCACGUGCGAAAGCUGCAAGGGUUUUUUUAAGCGAACUGUCCAAAACCAAAAAAGGUACACGUGCAUAGAGAACCAGAAUUGCCAAAUUGACAAAACACAGAGAAAACGAUGUCCCUACUGUCGAUUCAAAAAAUGUAUCGAUGUUGGAAUGAAGCUGGAAGCCGUAAGAGCCGACCGUAUGCGAGGGGGCAGAAAUAAGUUUGGGCCAAUGUACAAGAGAGACAGGGCUUUGAAGCAGCAGAAGAAAGCCCUCAUUCGAGCCAAUGGACUUAAGCUGGAAGCCAUGUCUCAGGUGAUCCAAGCAAUGCCCCCAGACCUGACCUCUGCAAUUCAGAACAUUCAUUCUGCCUCGAAAGGCCUACCUCUGAGCCAUGUAGCCUUGCCUCCGACAGACUAUGACAGAAGUCCCUUUGUCACAUCUCCUAUUAGCAUGACAAUGCCAACUCACAGCAGCCUGCAUGGUUACCAACCCUAUGGUCACUUUCCUAGUCGGGCCAUCAAGUCUGAGUACCCAGACCCCUACUCCAGCUCACCCGAGUCGAUGAUGGGUUACUCCUACAUGGAUGGUUACCAGACAAACUCCCCUGCCAGCAUCCCACACCUGAUACUGGAACUUUUGAAGUGUGAACCAGAUGAGCCUCAAGUUCAAGCGAAGAUCAUGGCUUACCUACGGCAAGAGCAGAGUAACCGAAACAGGCAGGAAAAGCUGAGCGCAUUUGGGCUUUUGUGCAAAAUGGCGGACCAGACCCUGUUCUCCAUUGUUGAGUGGGCCAGGAGUAGUAUCUUCUUCAGGGAACUGAAGGUUGAUGACCAAAUGAAGCUGCUUCAAAACUGCUGGAGUGAGCUCUUGAUUCUCGAUCACAUUUACCGGCAAGUGGCGCAUGGGAAGGAAGGGACAAUCUUCCUGGUUACUGGAGAGCACGUGGACUACUCCACCAUCAUCUCACACACCGAAGUUGCGUUCAACAACCUCCUGAGUCUCGCACAGGAGCUGGUGGUGAAGCUCCGUUCCCUCCAGUUCGAUCAGCGGGAGUUUGUAUGUCUCAAGUUCCUGGUGUUGUUCAGCUCAGAUGUGAAGAACCUUGAGAACUUGCCGCUGGUGGAAGGUGUCCAAGAGCAGGUGAAUGCUGCCCUGCUGGACUACACAGUUUGCAACUACCCACAACAGACUGAGAAAUUUGGACAGCUACUUCUUCGGCUGCCAGAGAUCCGGGCCAUCAGCAAGCAGGCAGAAGACUACCUGUACUACAAGCACGUGAAUGGGGAUGUGCCCUAUAACAACCUCCUCAUUGAGAUGCUGCAUGCCAAAAGAGCCUAAGUCCCCACCCCUGGAAGCUUGCUCUAGGAACACAGACUGGAAGGAGAAGAUGAGGAGGAGGAGGACGACGACAGAAACACAAUACUCUGAACUGCUCCAAGCAAUGCUAAUUACAAACUUGGUUUAAAGACACUGAAUUUUAAAAGCAUAAUAAUUAAAUACGUAAUAGCAAAUAAAUGAUAUAUCAGGGUAUUUGUAUUGCAAACUGUGAAUCAAAGGCUGUAUAUCCCCAAAGGAUUCAUAUGAAAGACAUUGUAAUGGGGUGGAUUGAACUUACAGAUGGAGUCCAAUACCACAGCAGAAUAAAAAUGGACAGAACAAUCCUUGUAUAUUUAAACUAAUCUGCUAUUAAAUUCAGAAGUUGAUCUGUGUUAUUAA